AUGAGUUGUAAUAACUUUAAGAAGCCAUGCGAACAUAUUAAUGAUGUGUUUCAUACCAUCCUCGAGAAGGAAAAAUUGAGCAGAGACAAAUUCAAAAAGAUCUCAAAUGGCAAUAGAGCAUCAUGGAAAGGACUCAUUAUUAAGAUAGCAGACGAAUGUAUGACCAUUUUUGAAGCACCAACUGUCUCAGAAGCCAAAUUCUCGAUGUAUGAGGGUACAGGACUCAUUGCUGAAGGUGCAAGGUAUAGUGUUAAAGGGUUCUUUAUUUAG